AUGUGUGCACUAACCCAAGCUGCUAGAGAAAGGAAGAGAGGAGUCUUGGACCAGUUAGUAGAAGACAAUUUUGCAACUUUUGUCCGAUGGUUGUGGUUUGUGGCGAAUGGGUGGGGGAGUCUCCUGUGGCCACUGAGUCACUGGGAUAUUAAACUGAUGAUGAGCCUAGCCCCAAACUGUGGGGCAGGCAGGAUAGAGCGGUGUGCCCAGAAAAAGGCAUGGCAUACAAUUAAAACCAUGGUUAACUUACCAGUCAUCAGCCCUUUCAAGAAACGCUACUCAUGGGUGCAGCUGGCUGGGCAUACAGGGAGUUUCAAGGCAGCUGAUAGUGGGAAGAUUCUCAAACGCUUCUCAGAGAAUGAAAAGGAAUGUUUUGAGCGAUUGAUGAAAGACCCGCUACGCUCCUGCGUCCCUCGCUUCCAUGGUGUGGUGGAGAGAGAUGGCGAGAGCUACAUUCAGCUGGAUGACCUGCUUACUGAUUUUGAAGGGCCUUGUGUGAUGGACUGCAAGAUGGGGAUCAGGACGUACCUGGAGGAAGAGUUGACUAAGGCCCGUGAGAAACCAAAGCUGCGUAAGGACAUGUACAAGAAAAUGAUUGAAGUGGAUCCUCUUGCUCCCACAGCUGAAGAGAAUGCCCAGCAUGCUGUCACCAAACCCCGAUACAUGCAGUGGAGGGAAACCAUCAGCUCUAGUGCCAACCUGGGCUUCAGGAUUGAAGGGAUUAAGAAGGCGGAUGGAUCAUGUAACACAAACUUCAAAACUACAAAGACACAGGAGCAAGUUCUACAGGUUUUUGUGGAAUUCAUUGAGGGCAACACAACUAUUCUGAAAAAAUACCUCAAGCGUCUGCAGGAAAUUCAUAUCAUUCUUGAAUCCUCAGACUUCUUCAAACGACAUGAGGUCGUCGGAAGUUCACUACUUUUUGUGCAUGAUGGCAGUGGGAAUGCCAAUGUGUGGCUGAUCGACUUUGGAAAGACCACCCUUCUCCCUGAUGGGCAGACACUGGAUCACAGGAUCCCCUGGCAAGAAGGCAACAGGGAGGAUGGGUACUUGUUGGGGUUGGACAACUUGAUUGGCAUCUUGGAAAGCAUCACUGAAAGAUGAGUUGAGAAUGGCACAAAACUUGCAGGGCUUCUCUGUAACUUUCUGCUCUACUGGGAUCACUGAGUUAGAAGGAAACCUUUAACUCCCUCCAACCUCCUGCAGUCAUCCGUGCAGAGGGAGCUGCAUCCGGAACCCAGCAGUUAGUGAACAAAACGACUUUGCGUCGCCCCUCUGUGAACCUAAAUAACUCCAGAUUGGUCUGUAUUGCACCAGCCUAACUUCAGACUGGUCCUCAAGAGAAUGAAGACCUCCUUACUCAGGAAUCACACCAGCACGAGUCAAGAGGUCUGUGUGGUAACCUAGAACAAUUCUGAUUUGUGGCAAACAGAUGGGACUCCAGAUUACCUCUUGGUCGACCAGAGCAAGUGCUUGGGGAUUCGGGGUAGGAAUAACAGUUUUUCAGGGAAGUGUGUAGUUUUGAAACCAGCAAGAGUGGGUUUCCCUCCCCCCCCAAGUCUCCUUGCUCCUGUGUACACUAUAGGUUGGACCAACAGCUUCCGCUACACACCGUGUUACAGUGCACACAAGGUGGAAAUGGGUGAUAAUCACAAGAAACCUGGAGCAAAGGGAGACAGCAGUUUGUAGUGGCUGGGUGUGGUAACUGCUGUUGACCAUUCCUCCUCUUCCCUACCCUAGCCUUGAUUCACUUCUAUCCAAGAACAGCCUUUGCUUUUCACGUAGCCUCUCAGGAGAUUAGAAAUACUCUAGGAGGAGAAUAGCAGCCUAUUGUCUCCAAAAACAUUGGACUUUCAGACUGGGUGGGCUGUUGGAAAAGUGCCUAGCUUUGGCAAGUUUGGCCUCUUGCAGCUGAACUGCAGUUCUGAAAAUCAGUAAUGACUCUUUUGCAGACAGACUAAGGAACUAAGGGGUUGUUUUUUUUCCAAGGCUUGUUUAUUUUUAAAUAUAAAGCC